AUGUCGGGUGCCAUCUACGUGUGUAUCAAGCAGUUCAACGCCAGAUUGGGCGACGAACUCAACCUUAAGGUCGGUGACCGAAUCGAGGUACUUGCCGACGACUCAGAAUACAAUGACGGCUGGUACAUGGGCCGAAAUGUGGUCUCUAACAAAGUAGGCUUGUUCCCCAAGUCUUUCACCCAGCUAGCCUUGGAAACGAAGCUGGAUCCUCCUCUAUUACGUCUGCGUUCUAGAAGACUUCCGGGUGGUGCCAAGGGGAAUGACGCAGCCUUGCCUGUGGCUCCUCUUGAAGAACAGAAAUCUGUACAACCUUCUGAAGACUCCACCUCCUCACAGAAACCUACCAGCGAUGUCCACCACACCAUGAGCGAGAUCGAUCGCGCACUUCAGGAACUUCGUAUGCUGAAGGAUGCUCCUGCGAAACAGUUCACAGCAGAUCUGCCCCAACAACAGAAACAAGCCACUUUGGACCCACAAAAGGGCCACCUGCGCACUUCGUCUUCUGUUUCGUUAACUCAGGAUCUCAACCCGUUAAAAGCCAGAGAAUGGACCCCCAAGCAAGUGUCUCUGUACUUUGCCAUUGUUCUAGGGUUUGAUAUGGAUGUGGCUGGGAAAUUCGCUCGCCAUAAGAUCACUGGAGAGAUCUUGUUCGAGCUCGAUUUGGCCCACUUGAAAGAGUUGGAAAUCGACUCAUUUGGAACUCGUUUUGAGGUUUACAAGGAAAUCGAGAAGUUGAAACAGAUCAGCAGCAGAGCCAAGACUCUGAAUCCUCCACCUCUGAAUGGUCUGCUGACUACAACUCUGGGUCCAAAGCAUACUCUGAGAGCCUCGCCUCCAUUCAACAAUCUGGAUGAAGAUAGAAAUAAAUCAUCUGAUAAUAGCCUGCUUCUUCCAUCAGUUCAAUUGGGAUCCAAGGACUCCCUUGGACGUAAUGCUUCUACAUCAUUCCUCCCUCUGAGUUCAAGCACACAAGCAGCAGAAACCGGUCAGUAUUCAACGGAGAAAUCACCUGCAGAGUUCCCUGGCUCUUUCAUGUCUCCUAGAAGAGCCCCAGAGCCUCCAUCUCAGAGUCCUAUGAAUAGGAACUACCGUUUUGGAGGUAGUCCAAUGACCCCUCAAAACAACGGUCUGCACGGAUUGUACAAGACGAGAACGAAUGCUUCUUCCGCAGCAUUGAGCUCAGCCAACGGUAACACUUACCUGCGUCCCGCGUCUUCUGUUUAUGAUGGUUCAGUUAUGAUUCACCAUCGUCGUGGAUCAUCCGGCAUUUCCAAUAGCCACAGAAGGCAUUCUUCUGUAUUCUCUUUCUUGUCUGGAAACAAUGAUGAGCCUUUGGGAACUAAGGAGAAACUUCAAAGUCAAAAUCUCUACAAAGAAGAUACAAGUACCCCGAGACAUGUUUCUUCACCAGUCAAACAUCUGUCAAAAUAUUUGGGAGAUGAUUUUGUGGAGGAAAGUGUUGAUAUUGAUGACGUUGGACUUUCCCCAAGGAAAGUGAAGUCGGGCAAGCCUGUUGAAAAGGACAAGGAAGGAAAGAAGGAGGAAAACCCACAGAGUCGUUUGAAAUCUUUGCGAUCUGUUUCGACUCAGAACUUCCGUAACUUGACGGUUCUGAAGAAGCUGAAGACAUCUGCUUUCCAGGAGGGAAUUCGGGAUAUUAACCCCGAUGAUGCCAUCAAAUCAUCUAAUUACAGUGGAUGGAUGUCCAAGAAGUCUGGAAGUACCCUUGGAUGGAGAUCACGUUAUUUCACUCUUCAUGGCACCAGAUUAUCAUAUUUCACAUCUUUGCGCGACAAGCGUGAGAAGGGUUUGAUCGACAUCACUGCUCACAAGGUUAUUCCUAUUAGUACUGAAGGUGAUCAAAGUGCCUCCAAUGACAAGUACAUAGCCCUUUAUGCUGCCCUGACAGGAUUUGGUCGUUAUUGCUUUAAGCUUGUGCCACCUGCCCCGGGGUUCAAGAAGGGUUUGACAUUCACACAGCCGAAAACUCACUACUUCGCUGUUGAGACACAGGAGGAGAUGCGUGGAUGGUUGAAGGCAUUGAUGACAGCAACCAUUGACAUCGACGACUCUGUUCCUGUGGUGAGUAGUUGCAAUACGCCAACUGUCACUUUGGCCAAAGCACAGGAGUUACUUGCUAAGGCCAGAGAGGAGACAAAAAUCAAGGAUGAAGAGUUACGUGCGAGAGGCUUUCUCAGAGAUGGUGAGUACUUGGAUGACGAAACCAUGAGACUGACAUACUACAACAACAGUGCCACCUCGGAAGAGGCUUCACCUAUCGUUGGGUCUAUUGAUGAAACAACGAUUUCCUCUACCACUGCAGGUACGAAUGGAGGUGCCAAUGGGCUCACCUCUUCUUCUAGUAAUCCCAAACUAACGGUUGACACGCUGACCAAGAACUAUCGCACACCAAGUACGCCACAAGUGUCUAAUAAUUCUGGUGGUUUUGCCUCACCUUAUCUUUUAGCCUCUGGAUUGCUUUCGCCGAAGCUGGGUAACAAUGGUGUCUCAAACACUUCCAAUAGCAGCACGCCUUAUAUUGUCCUGAAGAAGGAUUACUUUGAAGAGGGCGAACCGAUGGAUGAGUCAGUGCGUCCUCCAAAGAUUGAAGAGGGCACCCCAUCGCAGAAAUCUAUUGGCAGUAGCUCUCCUAAGCAGUUUUUUACCCACAGCAAUGGUCGUUUGGUCAGUGGAUCUAAGAAGAAGGAGAAAAUGAUGGCUUAUACCAACGAAGGUUCUUUCGUGAUCAAGCAGAAGAAGUGA